CGGAAACCUCCAUUUUGUGAUCCAGAACAUGUCACUGACAAAGAUCGAAAAGGCUGAAAAGAGAAAGCGUCAAGACGACGACGUCUCACAAAAGGUGAAGAAGGAUAAGAAGAGCAAGAAGGACAAGAAGGAAAAGAAAGAUAGAAAGGAAAAGAAGCAUAAGAAGGAAAAGGAAGAGUCCAAGGACGAAGCAUCUGUUGUCAAGGAUGCCAGUGAUACUUCCGUCUCCGAGAACACUUGGGAUACACUUUCUGCCUACUUGUACAAGCAACAUCCCGCUUUAUCCGCUCUGCCCGAAAGUACCAUUACCGACUAUUAUAAGGAGCAUACCAUCGAUGUGCAGGGUGAUUUGAAAUUACGUCCUAUUCUCAAAUUCGAUUAUGCUGGAUUGCCCGCAAGUAUCAUGGAUGUGUUCAAGAAUUUCGAGAAACCUACACCGAUUCAAGCAACCACUUGGCCCAUCACCCUCUCUGGUCGUGAUAUUGUGGGUAUCGCCGAAACCGGCUCUGGUAAGACCUAUGCAUUCACCAUUCCUGGUCUGGUCCACAUUGCCGAGAAGCUCCGCGAUCGAGGUGCCGGUAAGAUGAAGCAAAAGAACCCAACCAUGUUGGUCGUCUCUCCCACUCGUGAAUUGGCGGUCCAGAGUCAAGAACAAGCCGAACUGGCGGGCAAGGCAGCUGGUGUGCGCACCAUCUGUUUGUACGGUGGUGUUUCCAAAUAUCCUCAAAAGGAAGCAUUGAAAGCUGGUGUUGAUAUUAUUGUCGCUACUCCCGGUCGAUUGAUGGAUCUUAUUGGUGAAGGAGCGUGCGAUUUAUCCGAAGUGUCCUUUUUGGUUCUCGACGAAGCCGAUCGUAUGUUGGAUGACGGUUUUGAGGUGGCAAUUCGUGAAAUCAUUGGCCACACCCCUGCCACACGACAAACACUCAUGUUCUCGGCGACAUGGCCUGAAAGCGUUCGUAAACUGGCCAACGACUUUUUGAGAAACCCUAUGCGAGUAACGAUCGGUUCGCCCGAAUUGUCCGCAUCGCACAGUGUGAAGCAAGUGGUGCAGGUGGUGGAAAAUCCUCGCGACAAGCAAGACAAGUUAUUACAUCUUCUUCGCGACAUUCAUCGAUCCAAGACGAACCGUAUUUUGGUGUUCGCAUUGUACAAGAAGGAAGCCACCCGCAUUGAAGAGUUUUUGCAACGCAAUGGAUUCAAGGUGGUCGGGAUUCACGGCGACAAGAACCAGGCUCAGCGUACCCAAGCACUGAGUCAGUUCAAGGACGGCAGCUUCCCUCUCAUGGUGGCGACCGAUGUUGCCGCUCGUGGUUUGGACAUUCCCGAUGUCGAGUAUGUGGUGAACCUUACUUUCCCUCUGACCAUUGAAGCGUAUAUUCAUCGUAUCGGACGUACGGGACGUGGUGGCAAAAAGGGAACGGCUUACACCUUCUUCACCCCUGAAGAUAAAGCCCACUCGGGUGAAUUGAUCAACGUGUUGAAGCAAGCCAACAUGCCUGUGCCCAAGGAAUUAUUGAAGUUUGGCACCACCAUCAAGAAGAAAACCCACGGUGCUUAUGGUGCCUUUUACAAGGAUACCGCGGAUGCCCCCAAGGCAACCAAGAUUGUUUUCGGCGACGAUUAGAAACCUUGUCAUUUAUUUUUUCAUCACUUUCCUGUUUAUUCAACAUUGAAAUCUUUUUUUUCUCCAUUCUUUAUCAUGAUAUAGACUAUCCUCUUUUUUGUUUUUUUGUUUUAUUGUAUCUCAUCCCAUUUUCAUGGUGCUUAUCGCAUGCAAUCAGUAAAAUAUACGUCACUCUGCGCUUCUGCGCUUCUGCACUUCUGAUCGCAUUUAUUUGGUAGACAAAUGAAUGACUUGGGAUAGGUCGACCAAUGGAGC